GAAAAUAUGUUUGGUCAGUGUUGGGAAAAAAGAUAAAGUUGGCAGUAUUGAAAACCCUCAGUGCUGCGUUUCGUUUCUCCCACUGGGAUCACUAGGAUUAAAAAAAUUUACUACUUGAGAUAUUAAAAGAGCGUGGCCCCUCUCAGGUUUCUCUCUGAUCACAGUUUACUAGAACUCUCAAGUCUCUCAAUUAAACCACCUUAGAGAAAACGGACAUAAAUAGUGGCAAUAUAGGACCUCAUUUUAUGCGAUUGAUUGAAAUACUUUCCUGAUAGCACAUGCGUGAAACAUUGAACCUAAUAUUGGAGCGCAGAUGAAUAGUCGGCACGUUAUUUUGAAGGGAUUUAAUAGUGUGAUAAAUAUACAACAAUUUGUUACAAUGUCUCAUUUAUUGGAUAAAGUGGUAGAUGUUGAUAUCGACGAUUAUGGAAGAUUUAAAUAUAUUUUAAUCAAUGUGCAAGAUGAUACUAACAAAAUUAGUAAACAAAUUGUUAGAGGAAAUGCAAGAGCACAGUGGCAUGCUAAUAUAUUCGAUAAGGUUGAUGGAGAAAUCAAGAAACUCGUUGGUUUGCGGGCUAAUUGCGUUGGUGGUGGAAGAAUUGAGCAUGAUCCUGAUGAAAAAACUAUCAAAGUUUAUGGAUAUUCGCAAGGAUUUGGUAAAGCUGAUCAUCAAGUGUCAGUUGAGUUACUGAAGAAAAAAUAUCCCGAUUAUAACAUUACAUGCUCAGACGAAGGUUACUAAUCAACAAAUAAACUAUAGCUUAUAUUCUUUUUGCUUGCUUUUCUUCAAUUUAACGGAUAUAAAAAUUAAAACGCUUUGCUUUGUAUAUUAUUUAUAAAAUGUAUAUACAUAUUUGA